AUGGAAACCCGGAUCCCGGCCCUCCUGGCGCUCGUCGUCAUCGCAGGGGCGAUCUUGGCCUCGAUCGCAACGGCCGAUGCCGCAGGGGAAGGCUCUUGGAUGAGCACAAGAGACGGUCCUCUCGACAACGUCAACCUCGAGGGUGCUUUCCAGCUGUUGGAAGGAAGCUUUGAAGCACACACCAGCCUGAAUCACCGCCACCUCUUGCAUGAUGGCACCCGUCGGAAACUCAGGGGAGAGAAUGACGGCGAUGACACGCGUCGGAAGCUGAUGGGAGAAGAUGACGACGACACUCGUCGGAAGCUCAUGGGAGAGAAUGACGAUGAUGACACUCGUCGGAAGCUCAUGGGAGACCACGACGAUGACGACGCUCGUCGGAAGCUCAUGGAAGAGGAUGAUGACGACGGCGCUCGUCGGAAGUUGAUGGGCGAGGAUGAUGACGACGACACUCGCCGGAAGCUCCUCGAAGAGGAUGAUGAUGACGGCGCUCGACGGAAGUUAAUGGGGGAGGAUGACGACGACGACACUCGUCGGAAGCUCAUGGGAGACCGCGACGAUGAUGACGGUCGUCGGAAGCUCAUGGAAGAGGAUGAUGAUGACGGCGCUCGUCGGAAGUUGAUGGGGGAGGAUGACGACGACGACACUCGCCGGAAGUUGAUGGGAGAGGAUGACGACGAUGACACUCGUCGGAAGUUGAUGGGGGAGGAUGACGACGACGAUACUCGCCGGAAGUUGAUGGGAGAGGAUGACGACGAUGACACUCGCCGGAAGCUUCUGGAAGAAGAUGAUGACGACGGCGCUCGUCGGAAGUUGAUGGGGGAGGAUGACGACGACGACAAUCGCCGGAAGCUCAUGGGAGACCAUGACGACGAUGACGGUCGGCGGAAACUCCUGGAAGAGGAUGAUGAUGACGGCGCUCGACGGAAGUUAAUGGGGGAGGAUGACGACGACGACACUCGCCGAAAGUUGAUGGGAGAGGAUGACGACGAUGACACUCGCCGGAAGCUCCUGGAAGAUGAUGACGACGGCGCUCGUCGGAAGUUGAUGGGGGAGGAUGACGACGACGACACUCGCCGGAAGCUCAUGGGAGACCAUGACGACGAUGACGGUCGGCGGAAGCUCCUGGAAGAGGAUGAUGAUGACGGCGCUCGACGGAAGUUAAUGGGGGAGGAUGGCGACGACGACACUCGCCGGAAGUUGAUGGGGGAGGAUGACGACGAUGACACUCGCCGGAAGCUCAUGGGCGACCAUGACGACGACGACGCUCGUCGCAAGCUCCUGGAAGAGGAUGACGACGAUGGCGCUCGACGGAAGUUGAUGGGGGAGGAUGACGACGACGACACUCGCCGGAAGCUCAUGGGAGACGAAGACGACGAUGACGCUCGUCGCAAGCUCAUGUCUAGGCGAUUGCUGUAUUAG